AUGUAGAGGGGAUUGUUGGCUUUGUGUCUGUCAGAUGCUUUUAGACCAGUUGUAGUAACACAAACUGAGCUACUCUCAAAGCACUUUUAAUAGUAGGUUGAGUUACACAUUGGUCAUUACAAUAGAGAAUGUACUGUUGAUAUUAUAAUUAAAAUUCAUAUUAUUGAAAUAGAAAAUGAAGUAUCACGUGUGUGUAACAUUUGUUGUCAUCAUUGCAGUUUUGUCCAUUUCUGCUCAAGGGCGUGGACGUCUCCGCAGGAAAAAAAAUGAUGGAAAAAAGGGAAGACCUUCCAAUUCUACCGACUUUGAUUUGUUCAUCUUUACUCAGCACUGGCCACCUACAGUUUGUCUUGACUGGAAGGAAGAGCUUUCAAACCACACGUGUUCAUUCCCAAAAGGUACAGAAGAAUGGAGCAUUCAUGGAAUUUGGCCUACACAACUGCACAAAAUGGGACCUUUUAACUGCAAUAAAAGUCUGCCUUUCAAACCUGAUGAGUUAAAACCAAUUGAACAAGAACUGAAAGAUAAAUGGGUUGAUGUAGAAAAUGGUACUAAACCUUAUGCAUUUUGGGAACAUGAAUGGAAAAAGCAUGGUACCUGUGCAGCUGUUAUUAAUGAAGUUAAUUCAGUUUACAAAUAUUUUAAAAAGGGCUUAGACCUUUUUAAUAUGUAUGACAUGAAAAAUGUCCUUGGUAAAGUGAAUAUUACUCCUGGAAAGCAAUACCUUGCGCAAACUAUUUUAGAUGGAAUUAAAAAAAUUAUUGGAACUCGAGCCCAAAUUGAAUGUGUUGUAGAUAAGAAAAAUAAAAUAAAAUACGUUUUUGAGAUACGUAUAUGCUUCGAUAAAAAUUUCAAUCUCAAAGAUUGUGAUGGAAUAGUUAACUUUCCAACCAAUUGUCCUCGUAAAAAGCUAAUCACGUAUCCUGGAACUGUACCUGAUACCAUUCAAGUUAUACAAGUUUGAUGAUUAUUGGAAAACUACCUGAAUUAAAUGAAAAUACUUUUCAUCAAGAUUAAGCAUAAUUGCACAAAAUAUUUUUGUUUAAUAUAAGAUAAAUAAUAAUAUGAACAAUCAACAUAAAGAUAAAUGAUAAAUCAUUUAUUUUAUGUCUGUUGAUGAUCGAUGUAUUUAUAAGGAAAACUAGGCCAAGAUAGUUUCGUUGAAGAUUUUAAUCAUUUAAUCAUUUUUAAAGAGUUCAUAAAUAAAUAAAUUAAUAAAAUGAAUUAGAUAUGAAAGAUUUGUACAUUUUUUUUUUUUUAAAUAAUUCAUUCUUUGCUAUCUUACCCUAGUUUUUCUGUUUAUUUUUGAUACUAACAGUAUAUUUGAUGUGAAUUGAAUGUAAAAGCAACAUGACACUCUAUUUAAAUUGGAAUUACACAAUUCAGUAUAUAUUUUAACCUAUCAUUUUUUGUGAUUGGAAAGAUUGUUAAGUAUAAGAUAAAUUUAUUCAAGUAAUUACAAGACAAGAAUAAUACAUUGGUGUGAUUGAGUUACGAAUCACUUUAGCCAAAGCUUGCUAUUAUCAUAUCAUUUUUUAUAUUCUGCUGAUGAUUACAAUUGUACAGCUGGCGGCAUGAAGCUUUGAAUUUUUAAGGAGUGAAUCAAUCAUUGAACUUUGCCGUUCAGUAUUUAUCUAUUUAUGUCAGUGUAUAUUGUAAAUGAUGAUGAAUUAACCUGAUGUAUAUUUUUUGAAAUAGUUCUAAGUAGAUAGAGUACAUAUACAUAUAUACAC